CGACCCGCGAGCGGAUAAAAUCUUAUUUUUUUAAAUUUCAUCCGCCCGAUCCGCGGAUAAUCCGCGGACUCCGCGGUUGUGUCCGCAAACCGCGCAUCUCUAUUGUGUGUAUAAUUUUGAGGACACAAUUAGAUAUAUUCCAUUUUGGAAUAAGGAUGUAACAUAACAAAAUGUGAAAAAAGUGAAGCGCUGUGAAUACUUUCUGGAUGCACUAUAUGUUUCAAUGUCAAUUCAAAGCAUACUGGCCCUUGAAGUAAAACGUUUAUUGGAUGUGUUUUUAAAUUAGGCCUUCUAAUGAAAUCACAGCAAACAACCUUCAAUUCUGCCACCAAGCGGCUAAAACAGGGACUGUGAGCAUGUAAUGAGAGACAAUCAAACAUCAGUUAAAAAAAAGAUAACAUUUUCACUUUUGUCUGGCUAUUUUCUUGAUUGUUCUGCACAGUGGUGCAGUGGUUAGUAUUGCCGCCACACAGCGAGAAGGUUCUGGGUUGCCAUCUCUUCUUUGAUCUUUCUAUGGAGUUAGCAUGUUCUCCUUGAUUUUCCAGAUACUUCGGCUUCUCCUCAUAGUCCAUGAGACUAUAAAAUUUACAUUAUGUUAAAAAUGAUUACAACUGUUGUCCCUGUGUUUGGUCGAGACAGUCUAGCGGGAAUGGGAAGCUGAAGAUGGUUGAGGCUUGCCAGUGUUUUGUAUUUGAGUUUUUCUGUCAAAUUUAGCCGUUUGUGUGACUCUGAUUAUUGACCCGUAACAAAGGAUCAGCAAAAGACAUUAUCCUGUCCUCUUCUUUUACUUACAGGUGCCUCUAUUAAUACCAGCCAAGCAGCUCUUUGCUGCCAGUGUUACACUGAUCCUCUUAAGUGUCUUCCAUGCACACAAUGUCAGAGAGUGGCGAGGACGCAUGGACCUGACAGAAAAGGAGGCUGGUAUUGUACUGUAUGCCUAGUGCUAUAUUCAUUCACAUUAGAGCCAAAGAUACAUGUGCCAAAGCAAGAUGGACAACAACAGGUUGUCAUCCGAAGCGGAUAGAACCUUACUGGACUGUGCAGGUGCCAGAAUCUCUGGCUGUUGGUCUCUGAGGUCCGACUCCAGUGGGAGCGGAGAGGACUCGUUGGACCGGCUCCUGCCUCCCGCAGGUGCACCCCGCAGAAAGAGCACUACUUCGCUGAGUAAAACAGAGCCCCCCUUGCUUCGCACAGGCACCCGCACAAUCUACACUGCUGGCCGACCUCCCUGGUAUGAUGAGCAUGGAGCGCAGUCCAAAGAGGCCUUUGUCAUCGGGUUAUGUGGGGGCAGUGCCUCAGGCAAGACGACCGUAGCCAAUAAAAUCAUUGAGGCUCUCGAUGUGCCCUGGGUGGUGCUACUGUCCAUGGAUUCCUUCUACAAGGAUUUAUAUCCUGAGGAACAAGCCUUGGCCGCAAGUAACGAUUACAACUUCGAUCAUCCGGGGGCCUUCGACUUUGAGCUGCUGGUUGCCACCCUGCGGAAGCUGAAGCAAGGAAAAAGUGUGAAGAUCCCUGUGUAUGACUUCACCACCCACAGACGACAAAAAGACUGGAAGAACGUAUAUGGUGCAAGUGUAAUCAUAUUUGAAGGAAUCAUGGCUUUUGCAGAUAAAGAUCUUCUUCAGCUCCUGGACAUGAAAAUCUUUGUGGACACAGAUUCAGACAUCCGACUGGUCCGUCGCCUCCGUAGGGAUAUCACAGAGCGCAUGCGGGACAUCGAAGGUGUCAUCAAGCAAUACAACAAGUUUGUAAAGCCCGCCUUUGAGCAGUACAUUGAGCCAGCCAUGAGACUGGCGGACAUCGUUGUGCCACGAGGGGGCUGCAAUAUGGUGGCCAUAGAUCUGAUAGUCCAGCAUGUGCACAGUCAACUGGAGGAGCGUGAGCUCAGUGUCAGGGCGCUUCUCGCAUCCGCUCAGCAGACACAACCACUGCCACAGACGCUCAGUGUGUUGGAGAGCACAACACAAGUCAAAGGCCUCCACACCAUCAUCAGGAAUAAAGAAACCAGCAGAGAUGAGUUCAUCUUCUAUUCAAAGAGAUUGAUGCGCCUUCUUAUAGAACAUGCACUUACCUUUUUGUCAUCACAGCCUUGCAAGGUUCAGACACCACAGGGCCAUGAGUAUGAGGGCCACAGAUUUGGAGGUAAAGGGAUUACUGGUGUGUCCAUUCUGCGGGCAGGAGAGACCAUGGAGCCCGCCCUGAGGGCUGUGUGCAAGGAUGUGCGUAUUGGCAAGAUCCUCAUCCAGACCAACCUGGACUCAGGAGAACCCGAGCUACAUUACCUGCGUCUGCCCAAAGACAUCAGCGAAGAUCAUGUCAUCUUAAUGGACAGCACUGUGUCGACUGGUGCAGCAGCCAUGAUGGCGGUGCGAGUACUUCUGGACCACGAAGUGCAGGAGGAGAAAAUCCUGCUGGUGUCGCUGCUGAUGGCAGAGCUUGGUGUGCACUCUGUGGCCUAUGCCUUCCCAAAGGUUAAAAUCAUCACCACAGCUGUGGACAAGGACCUUGACGACUCUUUACACGUCAUCCCCGGUAUCGGGGACUUUGGGGACCGCUACUUUGGGACGGAUGGCUCUGACAGAUGGAGUGAUGAAGAGGAUCAAGAACAGCCAUCAUACUGAUGUGCGAAAGACUACUUGAACAUUAUUUUCUUUAUGGCGUAUUGUCAACUCACACUCCUGUACCUUUUGAGGGGGUGAGUUUUGGUGCAUUAAUAAGGACUUUUGUUUCAUUAACCACUGAGAAUUUUUUAACUAUGGUGCUUAUAGAAAGCGGUGCAAUUACUGUAUGUAAUAACAAUGUUAUGUUUCAAAUGAUGUUAUUCAGGAUUUCACUGCACCAGCUUUUCAUUCAUCAAGUUAUUUGCGUAAAUAUGCUUCUGGUCAAUGAGUAACAAUUAAGGGAACGCAAAAGACCUCAGAAACAUACUUGAUUGCAAAGAUCAAAGAAGGAAAGUCAGUUUAGAAACACAAAAGGAGAUACAAAUAUAUUAAACAAAACUUGCAAUCAGUCAUAAAGUUGAAUAAUUUGGGGGGAGAAUUAAAAAAACCCGAAAUCAAGCGUGAAAUAUAGCAGCAUAGUCUUCUAAGACCCAACCUUUUGUAUGACAUGCAUUUUUUAUUUAUCUUUGUUAUUUGGGCUUUUUGGAACCCAAAGGGUAUAAAAACAAAGAAGUUUCCAUCCGAACUUUUCGAUGUGUUUUCAGUUUUCUUGAACCCAUGUGAUGUGGUAUACGCUUCCUCCACCACUAAUUGGCAGUAUCAUGUCCUCAUAAGUGCAAACUAGUGUCUUGUAGAGAAAGAUGUUGUAUUGUGGUCUACACAACCAAAAAUGUGAUGGCCACAUAUGAGGAUGUUAGGUCCUAGGAAGAUAUUUACUAAGCAGACAUAUUACUUUCAGCAUUCUGCUGGAUACCGUAAUCCCUCAGUUUAUGAGCUUAAUUUGUUCUGUGACACACUCUUAACUCAAAACAUUUGUAUCUCAAAUCAAUGUCUGCCAUUAAAAUGAGUUGAAAUCA